AUGGCCGGAAUAAUUAUUCAAUUGUCUCCGGCCAUUAGCAGAGGUUUCCGUGGUAAACGUGGUACACGUGAAGUCUUAAUGAUGGAAUCAUUACUGAAGGCAAUAAAAGAUUCAGAUGCAAUCAAGAACGAAGAUUCAGAAACAUCCGGAAAUGGAGAUUCAAAAGUAUUCAAAAAUACGUGA